AUGAUCACCCAAGCGUGUAUCACGCAUGGCACGGUCUGUUUACAUCUAUCUAUCUAUCUAUCUAUCUAUCUAUCUAUCUAUCUAUCUAUCUAUCUAUCUAUCUCGGUCUGUUUACAUCUACUUAUCUAUCUCAGUCUAUUCACAUCUAUCUAUCUAUCUAUCUAUCAUAGUCUGCUGAUAUCUAUCUAUCUAUCUAUCUAUCUAUCUAUCUAUCUAUCUAUCUAUCUAUCUCGGUCUGUUUACAUCUACUUAUCUAUCUCAGUCUAUUCACAUCUAUCUAUCUAUCUAUCUAUCUAUCUAUCUCGGUCUGUUUACAUCUACUUAUCUAUCUUAGUCUAUUCACAUCUAUCUAUCUAUCUAUCUAUCUAUCUAUCUAUCUAUCUAUCUCGGUCUGUUUACAUCUACUUAUCUAUCUCAGUCUAUUCACAUCUAUCUAUCUAUCUAUCUAUCUAUCUAUCUAUCUAUCUAUCUCGGUCUGUUUACAUCUACUUAUCUAUCUCAGUCUAUUCACAUCUAUCUAUCUAUCUAUCUAUCUAUCUAUCUAUCUCGGUCUGUUUACAUCUACUUAUCUAUCUCAGUCUAUUCACAUCUAUCUAUCUAUCAUAG